AUGGCUCUCUUUAUCUCUGAACCCGGUUCUCAUACUCUCUAUGCAGUCUGUAUGCCUCGUGGUUGGCAAGGCCCGACAUAUCUCUUUCCAGGGUCCAGCGUUGCUGGACAUCCGAUAUCGUCUGGAAUCAGAUCCAGCGAUGGAUUCACCUUUCAACUCCCCGGAAUACCCAGUUACAACACUCCCUCCGGUCAAGUCUCUAUGACCUACCAUCGCUCGCGGUCUAAUCCUCGAUACAGUUUCUCGAUGAGUGUUGAACACGGUGGAAGUCGCAGAACAGAGUCGUUUGAGUGGCGUAUCUCAUCAGAAGCUCAGAGAAGCGCUUACAGCAUGGUAUGGCAGCUCGUAUCGCUAGGGCGCACGAGUAGAUCUAGCUCAACCCGCUCCCGAAGUUCUGAAGUUGUUGCAAUGGUACACGAAGACAAUACUGCGUCAGGAUCUGCGUCUGCCCAAAGGUCGGGAGGCUUCCAAUUUCUGGGCAGGGCAGCCACAGGUUCAAUGGGAUAUCACUGGACUGUCACAGCAUUGAUGAGUAGUGUAGUAAUUCUGCAGGAUACCAGCCGGGAGUAG